GGCGCCGGUUGUCGGCGGGGUCUGCACGUGUGCAGGGGUGUGGAAACUUACCCGCUGAGGCAUGGAUACACCGCUAAGGCGCAGCCGACGGCUGGGAGGCCUAAGGCCCGAAUCCCCCGAGAGCCUCACCUCAGUUUCGCGGGUGAGACGGGCCCUUGUGGAGUUGCAGUCGAACCCAGAAGAAACGAGGGAGCCUGGGUCUCCUCCUAGUGUGCAGCAAGCUGGCCUGGGGUCCCCGGAAAGACCGCCGGAGACAAGCCCAGGAUCACCCCGUCUGCAACAGGGUGCAGGCUUGGAGUCCCCCCAAGUGCAGCCAGAGCCAGGCCCAGGGUCCCCCCAGCGUCAGCAAGACCUACACCUGGAGUCGCCUCAAAGACAGCCGGAGUCCCGUCCUGAAUCCCCACGAUGUCAGCCGAAGUCAAGUGAGGAGGCAUCAAAGUGUUCUCAGGACCAGGGAGUACUGGCCUCGGAGUUGGCCCAGAGUAAGGAGGAGCUGACCCCGGGGGCCCCCCAGCAUCAGCUACCGCCGGGCCCAGGAUCACCAGAGCCUUACCCCGGUCAGCAAGCUCCCGGUCCGGAGCCCUCUCAGCCACUACUGGAGCUGACACCCAAGGCACCUGGCUCCCCGCGGGGUCAGCAUGAGCCGAGCAAGCCACCUCCAGCUGGGGAGACGGUGACAGGCGGCCUCGGGGCAAAGAAGCGAAAAGGUUCUUCAUCCCAGGCCCCAGCGUCCAAGAAGUUGAACAAAGAGGAGCUUCCUGUAAUCCCGAAGGGGAAGCCCAAAUCGGGGCGAGUUUGGAAGGACCGCUCCAAGAAAAGAUUCUCCCAGAUGCUUCAGGACAAGCCCCUGCGCACGUCGUGGCAGCGGAAGAUGAAGGAACGGCAGGAGAGGAAGCUGGCCAAGGACUUUGCCCGUCACCUGGAGGAGGAGAAGGAGAGGCGCCGCCAGGAGAAGAAACAGCGCCAGGCCGAGAACCUGAAACGCCGCCUGGAGAAUGAGCGGAAGGCAGAAGUCGUCCAAGUGAUCCGAAACCCCGCCAAGCUCAAGCGGGCAAAGAAGAAGCAGCUGCGCUCCAUUGAGAAGCGGGACACCCUGGCCCUGCUGCAGAAGCAGCCGCCCCAGCGGCCAGCAGCCAAGAUCUGAGCUCAGGACAGCCCGAGGCCUUCCAUGGCCAACAAUCAUGUCAGACACAGCACCUCAGGCCGCUGCUCAGACGCCUCUGCUGGAGCCAGCACUCCAACCCCGUGGCUGCAGAACAGGGACCCC